UUGAUGGCUAAUGCUGCUGUGAUUUCUCUGGUACGAUCUUUGGAGGAACUGGUGCAGCGAAAACCACAUUUGAUAAGUGAUGAAACAAGAAGAAUGGUGGAUUCUGUCCUUGAUAGUCUUGAAUAUUUCCAAGCCUUUCUUGAGAGCACUAGCAAGAGAAGGCAAAAAUAUUGUAGAAAGGUUGAAGAGUUGGAGAGAGAGAUUAGAAUGGAAGUCGAAAAAGCAGAAGACGUGAUUGAACUAAAGAUCAUGGAUGGGAUAAUGAAAAAAGAGGGAUUAUCCAAGACUUUCUUGAGAACACUUGUAGGAAAGAUUGAUGCACCAAGGGAAAGAAAGGCAAUACGCAAAACAUUGCUACCAUUUGUAAAAAAGAUUGAUGCUGUGAAGAGGAAUGUGAUGGGAAGUAGUUUUGGUGCAAAUCAAGUUCAAGGUUAUGAUGAUUCUACAAAUGAGGAUUUGUUGCCUGGUCAUUCAUCUAGAAAUGUUGCAAAACUGAAUCCAGAAAAUAUUGUCGUGGGUCUUCAAGAUGACCUCGUGAGAAUAAUCAGAAGACUAAAGGGGCAUACGUUAACUCGAGAGAUUAUCCCCAUUUUAGGAAUGGGGGGAAUAGGAAAAACCACUCUUGCUAGGAAGGCAUUUGAUGAUUUUGAAACUAGACAUCGCUUUGACAUCCAUAUUUGGGUGACCGUAUCUCAAGAAUAUUGGAUUAGAGGUAUGCUGAUGGAAAUUCUUCGUUGUAUUUCAGAGUUGAGGGAUACAAUAUCUAUUGAAUAUCGGAUUAAAAGUAUGUUGUUGGACAAUCUUCGUCAUACUUCAGAUGAGACCCAAGAGGUGUCUAAUGAUCGGUUGAUGGAUUCGAUAUACAAAAAGUUAAAGGGUAGGAGGUAUCUUGUUGUAAUGGAUGAUAUUUGGAGUAGUGAGGUCUGGGAUCUUUUGACAAGAAUUUUUCCAGAUGAUAACAAUGGGAGCCGAAUUAUUUUGACUAGUAGGCAAGAAGAGGUUGCUAAUCAUGCAGAUCCUGAUAGCAAUCCUCAUGAAAUGAACCUCUUAAAUUCAGAUAAUAGUUGGAAGUUACUUCGUGAAAAAGUGUUUGGGGUAGAACAGGCAUGUCCUCCUGAAUUACAGUAUAUUGGAGUGGAAAUAGCACAAAGAUGCCAAGGACUACCUUUAGCUCUUCUAGUGGUUGCGGGACAUCUCUCAAAAAUUUCUAGAACACGAGUAAGUUGGGAACAUUUUGCCAUAAGCGUAAGUAAUGUUGUUACUAAUGAAUCAGAUAUAUGUCUAGGAAUUCUUGCUCUGAGUUACAAUUACUUACCUGAUCAUCUUAAACCAUGUUUCCUUUACAUGGGAGUCUUUCCAGAAGACAGUAAUGUUAACAUUGUUAGACUAAUCAACUUAUGGAUUUCUGAGGGUUUUCUAUCAGAUGAAUUAGAGGGAAGAGAUUAUUUUGAGGAUCUUGUUAGCAGGAAUCUGGUUAUGGUUAGAAACAGGAGUUUUAGUGGCGAGGCAAAAACAUGUGGUGUCCAUGAUCUGAUUGGUGACUUGAUUUUAAAAGAAGCUAAGAAAGAGAAGUUCCUACAGGUUACUAAGCCUUCAGAAGAGAAGCUUAGACAUCCUCGUCGCUACAGUUUCCAUUCACGUGAUCAGGCUGCUUUUUGGAAGUUGUCUAAUAUCAUCAGAACAUUGCACUUCUUUGAAGGAUUUAAAAAACUUUCUAAACAAGUUCCUCUUUUGGUGUCCUUCAAAUUGCUAAGAGUGUUGGCAAUCCUAAAAGUUACAUUUCAAAGAUUCCCACUUGAGAUAACAAAAUUAGUACAACUCAGAUACCUUCAAUUCAAUUGUUAUGAUCAUAUUCACUGGUCAGUGUCAGAGCUUUAUAAUCUGCAGACAUUCAUUCUUGGUUACCAAGUUGCAGGUUUAUUACCUCCAACCAUACCUGUGGAAAUUUGGCAAAUGAGAAACUUGAGGCAUCUUCAUAUCGGUGACUUCUUUUCUUUUCCUAUUCCAUCAAACAAGCUACAAAAUCUACAGGAACUCUCCUGUCUAGCUUUGACUAGCUGCACUUCUGAAUUAUUUUCUGCUAUUCCCAAUCUUAAAAAGCUGCAAAUUGUUGGAAAUUAUCUGAUGGAAAUGAAGAGAGAGCGCCUAAAUAGCCUUUCCUGUUUAAAAGAACUUGAAAUCUUGAAGUACAGGGAUGAUGGGAUAAAACCUUCCCGAAUCCCAAGUAUGUAUGCUUUGCCUACAUCACUGAAGAGGUUGACUUUACGUUUUACUAGUUUACCAUGGGAAGACAUGGCAAACAUAGUAAAGUUGCCAAACCUGGAGGUGCUUAAAAUUAAAGACAACGGAUUUCUUGGUGAUGUAUGGAAAUUAAAUGAUGAAGAGAUUUUCAAUCAACUUAAGUUCCUUCUAAUCAGUUGGGCAGGUCUGAAGCACUGGGAAGCUAGUAGUGUAAACUUCCCAAAGUUGCAACGCCUAUUUCUGAAAAGAUGCAUGAACCUGGAGGAAAUCCCUCAAGACUUUGGGGAAAUAUGUACCUUGGAGUCAAUAGAGUUGCAUGAUUGCAGUAUAUCUGCUGCUAAAUCCGGCAAAGACAUUAAAGAAGAACAGGAGAGCAUGGGGAAUGAAUGUCUUAGUGUCCUCAUCUAUAAUCAUCCAUGUUGACAGGUCAUCUCCAGCUCAGCA